GGCUGGGGACGGUGGAGCCGAGGCUGAGAUCCCGAAACAGCGUCUUCUGGGCUGAGCUGCCCCCACCCGCGCUCCCCUUCCCUUCCCUUUCUGCCUCGUUCCUCUCCCUCCUUCUGGAUUGUACCGGCUGUUCGUGAAACAGCUUUACACACGGUGGAUUUCCCGGUUCCUUCGCUGGAAGUGCUUACGGACUGAUAUGGCAGACUUUGCUCCCCGACAAAAUUAAAGAAAUCGUGUCUUCAUGGAGGUGAACACUAAGGAUGAUUUGUACGUGAACCUGGAGUGACCUCUGAUCGCCUGCAGAAAGAGAAGGGAGCCAACAUGAAGGAACAUGUGGCAUCCACGUUAAUUUCCAUUUUGCUACUUUUUCUCAACAUCGAUCUUCUGAAAGGACAGUCACCUCCUGGAAAACCAGAGAUCUCUAAAUGUCGCUCUACUGAAAAGGAAACGUUCUCAUGCUGGUGGAAGCCUGGGCCAAAUGGAGGGCUUCCCACCAACUACACGCUGACCUACCACAAGGAAGGAGAUUCACGUACCUAUGAAUGUCCAGACUACAAAACCAGUGGCCCCAACUCCUGUUACUUUAACAAGAAGCACACCUCCAUUUGGACAAUGUACAUCAUCACAGUAAAUGCCACAAACCAGAUGGGAAGCAGCAUCUCGGAUCCACAUUAUGUAGAUGUGACUUAUGUAGUUGAACCAGACCCUCCUGUGAACCUGACUUUGGAAAUAAAAUAUCCAGAAGACCAAAAACCAUAUUUGUGGAUAAAAUGGUUUCCACCCACCCAGGUUGACGUAAGAUCUGGUUGGCUCACACUUCAGUACGAAAUUCGAUUAAAGACCAAGAAAGCAGAUGAGUGGGAGACUCAUUUUGCUGGGCAGCAAAUGCAGUUUAAGAUUUUCAGCUUAUAUCCAGGACAGAAAUACCUUGUCCAGGUUCGCUGCAAGCCUGACCAUGGAUUCUGGAGUGAGUGGGGCCCAGAGAAUUCCAUCGAGAUACCUAGUGAUAUCACCAAUACAGAUACCACCGUGUGGAUCUUUGUGGCUGUUCUUUCUGUUGUCAUCUGUUUGAUUAUGGUCUGGGCAGUGGCUUUGAAGGGCUAUAGCAUGAUGACCUGCAUCCUUCCACCAGUUCCUGGGCCAAAAAUAAAAGGAUUUGAUACUCACCUGCUGGAGAAGGGCAAGUCUGAAGAACUACUGAGUGCCCUGGGAUGCCAAGACUUCCCUUCUGACUGUGAGGACUUGCUGGUGGAGCUUUUGGAAGUUGUUGACAGCGAGAACCAGCAGCUGAUGUCGGCCAAUUCAAAAGAACACUCCGACCAAGGUAUGAUGAAGCCCAAACACCUGGAUCCCUACAGUGACUCUGGCCAGGACAGCUAUACGAGCCCUUCCCUUUUGUCCAGAAAGUAUAAGGAACUCCAGGAAAAUCCAUCUAUAUUCCAUACUCCUGAGGGCAUCAAGAAACGAGAGAAUCCUGAAAUAAAUUGUACCUACACCUGCGACCCUCAGAACACAGGCUUGGAAGACAAAAUCCCCUAUUCCUAUGCCAGUGGACCCAGAUCUUCAACGUGGCCUUCAUCGCAGCUGCCCAGCCAGCACGACCCCAUGUCUUCUUACCACAACAUCGCUGAUGUGUGUAAACUGGCCAUGGGCAUGCCAGGUGCACGGGCCGCUCCUCUGGACAAAACAGAAAAUCAUGCUUUGCGAUCCUUGGAAACCACUGAGACUGGAGGGGAGGAAAAGGCAGCAGAGCAGAGAGAGGGGGAAAGUUUUCAUUCCAAGACUGACCCAGACGCCCCACGGCGGCUGCCCCAGGAGAAAAUCCCCUUUAUCUCUGUGAAACCCUUGGAUUAUGUGGAGAUUCACAAGAUCAGCAAAGAUGGAGCAUUAUCAUUGCUCCCCAAAAAAAAAGAGAACAGCAACCUGACAGAGAAGCCUGGUGCUCCUGCAACCAGUAAGGAGUAUACUAAGGUGGCCAGGGUGAUAGAUAGCAAAAUCCUGGUGUUAGUGCAGGAUGUGAGCACUCAAAACCUGGCUUCGUUUGAAGAACCGGCUGAGGAAGCUCCGCCAUCCUUGCAAGAUAACCAAGGCGAGAAAGACGUGGCCUCCCAUACCGCGGCCCCAAGUAGCUUCGGUCUCCAGCUGGGGUCUGAGUACCUGGACCCCGUGUGCUUAAAGCACUCUUUUCAGUGACAGCUCAAUGAACAGAAUGGUUGUUUAAAAUGUGAUUUUUCUUCAGGUAAUACUACAGUGUCCAUGCCAUGUCCUCUGCUAAAGAAGGCUCGAGAAUGGGGUGAGGAUGGCACAACUAGAACCCACGGUUCACUC